CGCCGCUUCCUGUUUCCGGUUUCUGGAGCAGAGCGCAGAGCGGCGCUUUGGGAAGCACUGGCCUCAGACGGGAACCGAGGACCGGGGUCUGCGGCCCGCCGCUCUCCGGCCGCGUCUCCCAGCCCCAGGGCCACAUUCUUGGGGGCUCCUUAGCUUCGGCUGCUGUGUUUACCGUGACACGAUGUUCCCCUUCUCUGGCUGCUGGAGGACUGAACUGUUACUGUUGCUGGUCCUGGCUCUGGCUGUGAAAGAAUCCUGGCAGACAGAAGAAAAGUCUUGUGACCUGGUAGGAGACAAUGAGAAGGAGUCGAAGCAAGAGCAGGCUCUCCUGGAGAGGCUACGGCCACUGUUCAACAAAAGUUUUGAGAGCACUGUGGGCCAGGGCUCGGACUUAUACAUCUACAAAUUCAGAAUAUGCCGGGAAGCUGGCAACCACUCCUCUGGGGCAGGCCUGGUGCAGAUCAACAAAAAUACCUGGAAGGAGACGGUGGUUGGGAGGAUCAACGAGACUCACCUCUUCAAUGGAAGUAAUUGGAUCAUGCUCAUCUAUAAAGGGGGUGACGAAUAUGACAACCACUGUGGCAAAGAGCAGCGUCGUGCAGUGGUGAUGAUCUCCUGCAAUCGACACACACUAGCGGGCAAUUUUAACCCAGUGUCAGAGGAGCGGAACAAAGUCCAAGAUUGCUUGUACCUCUUUGAGAUGGACAGCAGCGUAGCCUGUUCACCAGAGGCCUCCCACCUCAGUGUGGGCUCUAUCUUACUGGUCAUAUUUGCAUCCCUGGUUGCCGUCUACAUCAUGGGGGGUUUCUUAUACCAGCGACUGGUGGUGGGAGCCAAGGGAAUGGAGCAGUUUCCCCAUUUGGCCUUCUGGCAGGACCUUGGCAACCUCGUAGCUGAUGGUUGUGACUUUGUGUGCCGCUCCAAACCCCGCAACGUGCCUGCUGCCUAUCGUGGAGUUGGGGAUGACCAGCUGGGGGAAGAGUCGGAAGAAAGGGAUGAUCAUUUGCUACCAAUGUGAUUGCACUUUUAAUGUCCAGCCACCUCUUCAGUCCCCAAACCAAAGCAUACACAGCCAGAUUUCUCAAGCCGUCUCUUCGCAUCUCUCGCCUUGCCAUUAAAAUUCUUGCUUUCCAGUGGGCUUUUGAUUUGACCCUAAACUGCCUCCCUCUGCUCCUGUUGUUUCUCUUCUGCACAAGUACAUAGGGUCUUUGGGUU